CCCUUGCUGACUUGGACAGGAAGUGUUACGUCUGACCUGUCGAGCUUGAUAAUGUUCCUGCCCUGUGUGUUAUGUUUGGGUGCUGUGGGCGUCCUGGCUAUACCCGAGUUCCUGAACCGGAUCCCCAACGGUCGCUUAGUACCUGACCCCUGCGAUCCGGGGCGUGGCUGGGCAACGGUGGGGCACAGCAACACCUGGGGCGGUAAACAUGCCUUGAAUCCCUUUGGAGAGCAUUUCAAACAGGAAGGGUUUAUGUGGACAAGAGGUCUUUGUAUGAAGGAUUCUGACCUCGACGGAAUGACCAACGGUGUCGAACUCGGCGACCCUGAUUGCAAGUGGGCAUAUGGCCAGCAGGCGGCACGCGGUAACAUAUCGCAUCCAGGCAUCGUCUGUGCUACGACGACUGUGGCGCCAUGGUUACGCCACCUGCUGAAGUAGUGAGUUUACUCAAUGUUCGCACAUAUGGCGAAUAAACUGAUUUUUGGAAAUA